CCUCAAGAGCUCUCAAGAGCUCUCUUGGUUUCUGCAAGGCGCCGCAGGUUUCUGCCCACUAUGAACCGCUCGUAGUCCUGGUGACCCGUCCACACACACCCGCGCACCCGCCUCUGGGUGCUCGUGCCAGACGUGAUGGUUCGUUGGGGUAUGUUUGGUUGCACGCAGCCGGCCGUCACAGCGUCUCGUUGCAGGGAGUAUGUCUAUCUCCCGUCCCCUCGUAUUCGUGGGUCCCGGACGGGCCGUGGUCGCUAGCUCGCGUCGUACAGGCAGGGCCAAUAUGUCCGCCUUCGAGAUCUCCCGCGGAUUGGCAGGUCGGCCACAAGGGAUUCCCCUCGAGGGCGGCUGCAGCGCUCUGUGGCACGAGCUGGUCGAUGAGGGGGAACACACAAAUUUGUGGGCCGUGCUGUCGUCUCUGGGGCUCUCACCCUGGUGA